AUGUCGGAAUGCAACACCUCUUCCGAUUAUUUGCAGCCGCAGGACGCUCCCCAUACUCGUGUCGCUGCUUGGCUGAGAGGCAUCGCUCUCAUCGAAAACGAGACGUCGGAUACCGCCUCAAAUCCCAAUACUACUUCAGGCGUUACAUCGAGCUUGGAGGAUCGCUGGCGCUCUCGUGCGAAGCGCCGCCUGUCCGGGCGGUCUUUCCCCAAUUAUCUUGGUUCAGUCAAUGACCCCUUUGAUUUAUCUAUGCGCCAUCUGUCAAACAACCGGGGUGUAUCUGAAGUGUUCCAGCCACCCAUGCACUCUCCCACCUCCUGGCCUAUAGCGUGUGAGCCACCCGCACCGACAUCGACCAUGUCCGGCCCUCCGUCAAUUUAUAGCCUUGAUGGACAUGACCACGAAACCUUCCUCUCAUAUGUCGAAAUGGACUGGGACUCGGAGCCCGUCCAAGGGGGCCCACCGGGUGCGGACAAUGACGACGAAUUGAAGCGACGGGAAAGGAGGGCGAACGUGCUGACGUCUACAUCCAUUGUGCCCUGCUGCAACGACGCGGCAUUCUUCUACGCGCAGCACUCUACGUACAAUGUCCCCACCGACGCGUCAGCAGCCGAAGAGGAUUCUCCUCGUUUCGAUUCAUCCUGGCCGAAGAGGGCACUCUGGGCAGUCGCAUUCUACCGGCUCAUCAAAGGACUGGCUCAUCAGCUCCGCAGCUUCACUCCCUCAACCAUAAAUGUGACUGUGAACCUCAGAAGGGCUCAGGUCGCGAGGUGCGAGUCCACAAAGGAACGCGGAGAGAAACCAACGUGGCGCAGCUCUGUUCAAGUUGCGAUGGCGAGAAUAUGGUUUGGUGACCGUGAUCCUCCCUGGUUAAUCGCCAACCUCGAUUGUUUCCUCCUGAUGUCCUUGUCUCAAACCCAACGCCUAGAACAAUUUGUAUCCUGGAUCUCGGAACCACUCCAAUAUUUUAUGGAUGACACAGACAGACAUUCGAGCCCGAGAAAAAUCCUCUGA